AUGACCACGGCACGGUGCUGGUCAGUAGCCGAUCGCCUGCUGACUCAGCACCUCAUGUUCAAGCCGGACGGCUGCCUGUCCGGCCGACCACCGCUGCAACCACAGUAUGACGCAGCCCCCGUAGAGUGUCGUCGGAUCAAUAGCACCGGCCGACACAAUCGGCAUCGGCCAGUGGCUUUUGAGAAGAUGAUUUGGAAGGUGAUGAAGCGGUCGAAAUCAUGGCGGGGAAUAAGCCCUUUGGGUUAUUUUUGGCACUGGCAGAAGCUUUAG